GGUCACACGGAGCGCGCUCGCACCGCGUGCCCGGAUCAUUCACGAUCGCUACUCCGCGCCGACAUAACAUGUAAUCGGUCUCCAAUCAAAUAUCAUCACUUAGUUUUUCUUGACAAUUUUACAAGGACUUUAAUGACAAGUUGUUGAACAACAAUAAACUUUUUCAAAUAAAUCAGUGCAAAUAAAUGAAUUUUGCCGUGAACCUGGAGUGAGAUGGCCCUGUCGCUGCAGUCGACGCAGAAUUCUAGAGGUGUGUCAGUAAGACCGCUGUCAACAAUGCGUCAAGAGUCCCUGCCAAUGCUCGCCGAGAGGCUGCUGGCGACGCGCGCGGCGGCGCUGGUGGCGGGGCUGCCGGCCGAGCUGUACUCGGGCGCGCUGCUGGCCGCCUGGCCGCCCUCGCCGCCCGCGCCGCUGCUGCCGCCGCAGGACAUGGAGCGCGCGCGCAAGCGCCGCCGCACGCCCAAGCUCGACGAGACAGCCACCGCGCCGCCCUCCCCGCCCUCAUCAGGCUCAUCCCCUGGUGCUGCCGACCCGCCGCGUGAUAAACUCUUCACCUGUAAAGUUUGUUCACGCUCUUUUGGCUACAAGCACGUCCUGCAAAAUCACGAACGUACUCACACCGGUGAGAAACCGUUCGAAUGCGGAGAGUGCCACAAGCGAUUCACACGCGACCAUCACCUCAAGACACAUCUGCGUCUUCACACGGGUGAGAAGCCCUACAGCUGCCCACACUGCCCGCGGCACUUCGUGCAGGUGGCCAACUUGAGGCGACAUCUUCGCGUCCACACUGGCGAGCGGCCCUAUGCCUGCGCUCGCUGCCCAGCGCGCUUCUCCGACUCCAACCAACUGAAAGCGCACGCUUUGGUACAUGAAGGCGAUGCGCCAUUCGCGUGUCGUUGCGGUGCUCGCUUUAGGCGGCGGCAAGCUGCCGCCCUGCACAGAUGCGCCAGCAGCGGCUGCGAGCCGGGCACGCCGAGCCCCCCGGCGACGACUGCCCCCGACUGGCGCUGGGACGAGUGGCCCGAGCAGACGGAGCCCGAGGACCUGUCGCUGCCCCGGAGGCCAGCCACGCCAGACUCUCCCACCGACCUCCGAGUCCACUCCGCGUAGUGGGCGCGCGCCCCCGCGCCACGUGCGCCGCUGAGCCGGUAUACGAGUUCCUCCCGCGUAGACCCCGCGCUGCCGUCGCCCGCCGACGCCGAUGCUCUUCGCUGUUUGUUCUGGAGACGCUCGCACUCUAUUCUAUGAUUCUAUGCAAAUUCUUUUGAAGAAAAAAUAAUUAUGGCUGUUCUGAAUACGGUAACAUUUUUUUGUGAUAGGUAGAUGUUUUUUUUGCAUUUCUUAGAAAGACUACUGCCGUAAUCUUGUUAGGUAGUCGUCUAUUAUUUUUUACGAUUUUGCAUUUGCAAUGUUCACCAUAAAAAGUAGUUUUUUCAUCCAUGUUACAGUUUAGAAGUUUAUUGUUGUACUAUUUUGCAUAAUCGCAAGGCGAGGUGCGGCAAAAACGGCCACGUUUUGUUCUUUUGUUUUGCAACAUUGCUAAACACCUAAAGAACAUAUUGCACAAAAGAUAUUUUUAGAUUUAUUGGUAUUGGCCAUUGUUUUGUGAUAAAAACUACGAAAAAAAUGUUCGCAAUGCUUGACAUUAUUGAUUUUCAAUCGAUGUCCUCCCUCGCGCUUAACGAACGGAAACUGGAAUAUGGUCUAGCCGGAGAAGGUCGCGACAUUGCCUCAUUAUUUCGGCGACAAAGGCUACUUCACAAGCGGUAAUUAUUACGUAUUGAACUCGAUAUCGAGUUCCGUCUGACAAAGCUGUUGCCAUUGUGCGAGCCCCGAUCCGUAGCGACUCGCGAUAACCGGUUCCUAAUCACUCUUUUAUAUAUAUUUCUCAAGUUUUCAUUCAAUAGCUCUUUGCAAAGUUUACACGAGUUUUAGUAAAAUAUCUAAUAAUAGCAUUACUGGUUUCGAAUGAAUGAUACGGGAUAAUUGUAUAGAAUCAUUGGAGCUUUGUAAUUAAGAAUGUAAGCGAGGCAGUCUCCGACGAGCGGGAGCGGCGCCGGCCGGACCGACCGCGCGCACCGUGCUUCUGUACAUAAUGCUGUCUCUUACAAGAUUAUUUAUUAUUUAUCGAUUAGUUUGUAGUCGUUGCGAUAUCUUUACGAUAUCUUAUCUAAAUAUGGUAUUGUUAAUAUACGUGUACAUAUUUAUGUCGUGUUACAUACCGUACGUUGUAGAGAUGUUGGUGUCUCGAAAAUUAUAUUUGAAAUUAUUUAAUUCGAUACCGAAGCAUCUCACAACGGGCUGUGCUGUAUUGAUAUAGACACAAGUAAAAUAUGUGUUAAUAGUGGGGCCAUGUAUACAAUAACUGGAUAUCGUAUAGGUGAAUAUUUUACGUGUAGUUGUAAGGCAACAGUCAAAAAUAUUUAAAGUGUUGUACAUAUUCUUAGUGUUAAUUGUGAUGAUGUCGUUGUGCACAUGGCCUCUAUGUUUUUGUGUUCUCGUUUGACACGAGAGUAUUGAGCAUGAUUGCAAUCUGUUCUACGGGUAUUAGUUUCCUACUAGAUGUAAUGUUUUAUUUUCUAUGUUUUAAAUUAAUUUAAUGUCAUAGUAGUUGUUCUGAAUGUUUUAGCGCACAUGAUUUAUAAUAUCGUAAGUAAUGAUAUAGUUAGGAUGUACUGUUUGUUGAUUAUUAUUAUUUUAUUUUCUUUAGUCAUGUUCGAAAUUUAGGGUCUUAGGGUAAUCGAUGUAGGAGUAACGUAUAUUUUUUUCCAAAGAAAUUAUUGGUACAAAUAUAAAUGUGUACAAAUUUAAUGAUAAAUUUCAACUAGAAGUCGUAAUUUCAUGUUGCAAUGUUGUAAUAUUACGGUAGUUAGUGUAAAGUUAGGCGGGUCGCCAUUAUCUACCUCAUUUGACUACGGUUAAUACGCCAGGGUAAAGAGCCAAAGUUCUUGGAAAUAUUUUCUAUAGUUUAUCUCUGAGGAGAUAACGUACAAGUGACAGGAUCGUGUAUAUGUUGCGCCGCGUCAACUUAGUUUGAGACUGAUUUUUAUUCGUUAUGUUGUCUGCCGCUCGGCAGCCAUUGCCAUCGCACUCACGUGUAUGUUUGUGCUUCUUACUAUUAAAUACACAAUAGCAAACAUCUCUGUAUAUCUAUCGCUUUUCCCGAACUAAAAAAGCGACAUAUACAACAAGAGGCACAUUCAUACACGCAGUGAAAUGGAAGCAAUUAAUUUGAGUUCCUAUUUAAUUAAAUAUUUCGAUGUGUUGUUUUGCUUAAUAUUGUUUAUAAUGAUUAGUUAGCGAUGUAUUAUUCAGUGCCAUCAAAACUCAACACAGACCAAACCAUAGAACAACACUAUAGUAUCGAUGUUUCUGUAAUAAUCACAAACCGAUCUACCUCAAUAAAUCGAGAUACAGGUAUUCUUAAACAUUCAUAAUAAUUAAAAUUAAUUCAGAACUUAUACUGUACUUGUACAAAAUAUAAUAUAAGAUAUAAAUGUGACAUAAUUACGAUACGAUGAUUAUAUAUGUAUUUCUUUAUCAAUGUCCAGUACAUAAUUAUUAAAAUAAAGAGAUGUUUG